AUGGACCUCGGGCUAAUUCUACUUCAAGUGGACUACAAUGAUCGCCAACACCGAAUGGGGGGCCCUGAACAAAUGAUAACAGGUGAACGGCAUGGAAACUCCAAGUUCUCAUUAAUUAAGGUGGUGAACUCUAUAAGGAAACAGAUAUGGUACUAUCUUGAUAUAGUGACUGAAUUAUAUCAUUUGUUACUUUCAAGUGAUUGCAAGUUCAACGGUUUGAGUAAUUUUUGUUAUUUGGUUGUAGACAUUCUCAGAAAACCCUUCAAGAAAAGAAAAGUAAGAAGAGAACGAAGAGAAUACCUGCUGGUAUAUCCAUUGGCCGUCAAUGGAAAUUUGGCUUCCCAUUUGCGGGAGCGCCCUGCAUUGCAGCCCCCUCUCAAUUGGCCUACCCGGAUGCACAUUGCCUUAGGAGUAGCUAGAGGGCUCUCGUAUCUUCACGAGGGUUGCAGUCUUCAGAUAAUUCACUGUGACAUUAAGCCUUCAAACAUUUUGUUGGACGAGAACUUCAAACCUCUCAUUGCGGACUUCGGCUUGGCAAAAUUCAUGAUUCAUGAAGAUUGGAACCAGCAGCUCCAGAAGUUGAAAAGCGCUGGGGCACCCCACCAAAUGGCUGAAACUGAAGCAGUGAACAACCAUGAGAGGUCUUUUUGGGCUCUGGAAAGAUCAGCAGAAUUAUGCAGUACCUUUCGAUUAUGUGGUACUUAUGGAUACAUGCCUCCGGAGUACGUGAUGCGAGGGGAAUUAUCGGCAAAGAAUGAUGUCUUCGCAUUCGGAAUGGUGCUCCUCGAGCUCGUCUCUGGUUUCAAGGUUCUUGAUCUUUUGUCGGAUCGUGCCAGAAAAGGAAUCAAUGAAUUCGAGUGGGUGAAAUAUCGUCUGGAACAUAACGAGUUGGGAGGUCUGAUUGAUCCGAGCUUGAGGGGAGACUAUGAUGAGAAUGAGGCUAAGAAAUUAGUUAAACUGGCUCUCUUCUGCAUCCAAUCUCCACCAACAAAACGACCCACGAUGUCAGAGGUCGUCCGAAUUCUCAAAGGAAGCUGCUUAGAUGAAAGAUGGGAGAGUGAAAAAGAGGGGCUAGCAGUUGAUAUCAGGCAAACUAGUUCUCAACCUUGCGGCACCGUCACUGACUCUGCAUCACAUCUUGAUCCAGAGGAGCUGUCAGGACCGAGAUGUUGUCUUUGUCCUGCAAGCGAGCAGACUUAGCAUUUUAAAUUUAUUAUAGUCAUGCACUGGUCGAGAGAGUCGCGCUUCAGUUUUCUCUUGAUUUUGUUUCUUCAAUGUGUUGUUGUCAUCACUGUCAUUAAUUGAGAAUUUUAAACAUCAUCAGUCAUUUCAAUGACA